UUCCCUGAAUUACCACAGUAAGAGCAAAUCGCGAGCAAAGGAACAAGCGUACACAGUGAUCGAAAAGGACGUGUUUGGUCAGAAAAAGCUGACUGAAUCACAUCAUGGCGAAAAGCACGACUCAAACCGUUUAUCUUUUUAACUGCGAUAAAACGUUUAAACUGGAUUCAGUGGAAACGCUUUUACUCGAAGUGAACGGUAAAUGCAAUUUCAAGGUUGAAAAGUUACAUUUUCGUCUGAAUCAAAUGGGGGAACUUUGUAAAACCACUAUUCCUCGUUUACAAAUGGAUUUUGCGGUUUUUGUGGUUCAUGCACAUGAAUCUCGUUUGUCGAUCAACGAGGACAACGCCGGAAUUGGUUACGCGAAGAUUUACAGGGCUUUGUUAGGCGCCACUGGGGAUAAAGUAUUAAUAGUCAUUGGUGGCGAUGACAACUACAAAGAUGAAGAAGAAAAAGCCAAGUCUGUGAUCUCACGUUGGGCGCUUAGAAAAGUAGCUUCGCAGUUCCGUGAGGAGUAUCUUAAUGGCAGGAAAAGCUUCAUUUUCUCAUGGAGCGAUAGACACCGAGCAAUUCACGUGGAAGCACUGUUGCAUUUUUUGGAUACCACCAAGAGUGGGCAGAAGUUUGAAUAUAUACCAACAUCAGAACCUGUUACUUCGGCUUCAGAGACGACUGUUGAGAGAGAAAGAGAAGAUUCUCCGAAAAAGCCUGAGCAUGAUGAACGAAAUGGAUCCUAUGGACAAAAUUAUCAGAAAGGGACAAGUCAAAAUGAAGUAUCUGGUGGGAGAGAACCAGAUAAAGCUACCUGUGACUACCCAGCUGGAAUGGUGCUCUUGGAAACUUGCAUGCGUUAUGGAAAGAUUUCUUAUCAGCCUCUGGACGUUGUGCAGUGGAAGAAAAGUUGGCGGCCUUCGACCCAACACGAAUCAGACGUCAUGGAACGCCAUAAGCAGACACCGAAGGCUACAGUUAGGUUUAUUAGUGAUGGAAAUGCAGCAGUUAGAUGCGUUGUUAAGGACGUGACGCCUGUUUGGAGCAGGUUUUGGUAUUCUCUUAGGCCGUAUCUUUAUUGCAUAUUUUUCAUCUGUGGUUUCUGGGGCAUAAGUCGUUGUAUCAGAGCACUGCGGCCGCGAGUUUGCUUUUUUCUAUGGCUAAACAACCAAAAAGAGAGUAAAAAGUGACUUAAGCAUAUACAAUAUAUAAUGAUGCUCAAAGAAAUGUAUAAAUGUUUUGGGACUGGUCAGAGGAAUCUGACUUUUUCUGAAAAAAUACCGUUGUCAUUCUCACCUCUGUUUCAUCAGUAAAGUUCCACCAGAUUAUCGUCAAUUGCAGGCCUAGGCUAUGCAUAAAGCGAUAAGAGGAUUAUUAUUUCCUAGAGGACUAGACUGACACAUGAGACCUUAUACAAUAAAUGGUUUGAAGCUAGGAGUUGAUCUUUUACCUGAGAUUAGUACUAUUAAAAGACUUUCGUUGAUACUACAGCCAGCUUGGACAGAAGUAAUGAUCAGAUUCCGGAUGAUGAAUUUUCGAAAAUAAAAGGAAACAGAAAGGUAGUACAUCAUCAGAGUGUAAUGACCUCCGUCAUUAUUGGAACCUUUUCCAUUUUCCAUCCCGUUUUCUUGAUGUUUAUCUACAUUUGAUUCACUCAAGCUGACAUGAUUCUUUGUGGAAUGUGCUCUUUUAGACAGUUUCAUCGACGAACUAGUGAUAACUUUAAAGAGUUACGUUAUGCACAAUAAAUUCACCCGUUUUGUGUGACAUGAAAAAUAA